AGUCCUUCCACAGUCCUCCCCAAAAUAUGUUCAGGUUGUCACAGGAAUACCCCACUUCUGGUACCAAUUUGUCUUAGUCAGGAUUCCUAUUCCUGCACAAACAUUAUGAAGCAAGUUGGGGAGGAAAGGGUUUAUUCAAUUUACUUCCAUGCUGUUCACCACCAAAGGAAGUCAGGACUGGAGCUCAAACAGGUCAGGAAGCAGGAGCUGAUGCAGAGGCCAUGGACGGAUGGUACUUACCGGCUUGUUUCCCCUGGCUUGCUCAGCUUGCUUUCUUAUAGAACACAAGACCAGACCACCAGCCCAGGGAUAGCACCACCCACAAUGGACUGGGUACUCACCCCCAUGAUCACUAACUGAGAAAAUGUCUUACAGCUGGGUCUCGUGAAGGCAUUUCCCACAACUGAGGCUCCUUUUUCUGUGAUAACUCCAGCUUGUGUCAACUUGACACACAAAACCAGACAGUACAAUAAUUAAGUGCGUACAGUUAAGACAAGGCAGUAUCUUUGUUGUUGCUCUUGUUGUUUUAGGCUGCUAAAUAUGAACUGUGUAUAAAUGCCUUUGUGAACCAUGAAAGUGACCUAUCAUCUACAUGCAUGCUAAUGGAAGGCAUAACAUGAGAAAACAUGUUAAGAUUCCCUCUCUGGUGUGCAGAUUUCACUGCCAUUUCUGGGCCCUCUUGCUGUGUAAAGAACAUCAAAUUGCCAACUCUGAAAAAUACAAAAGGAAGCAAGGUGAAUUGGUUCAUUUCCCAAGUAAAACAAAACAAAUCCACCCAAAUCCCUUUUUUUUUCCCCUGGGCCUGUACUUUACCUGGCCUUCACUAACGUUCUCUUUCUUUGACUCUCUAGUUUUUGCCUGAUCUUGCACCCAAGCAUGCUACAGAAUGCCAGAGGGUCAAGAUUCCAUGCCGGCAGUUUGCAGGCUGAUGUAAGCUUGUUAUAACUGCCAUACCAGCUAUGGCCAGGAGCUGUAGCUGGGCUGGUGGCCCAUGCCUGUGAUCCCAGCACUUAUGAGGCUGAUACAGAAGAAUCGCCCAUGUGUCUGUUGCUUGCCCAGCUACCUGGAAAAGCCUGUCUUCAGACAACAUGGAACUUAGAACCACAAGCCCGUCCCGAUGUUGCAAUAAGUUUGGCCUUUGGAGAUUGGAGCCAGUUCACUGAGCGCUCGCUCUCAUUGGUGGAAGAUUCCAGCCCCACCCACCGUUUCUCCACACCAAGUCCUAAAUCCUUGGAGCGUAAUUGAAGGAGUGGCGAGAGUGGGCGUGUCAUCGGAGGUGACGUUUCCGGAAGCUCCGACUGUCAUCCUUCAGGAAAGGUGGGAAGGGUCCCGGGAAUGCUGCGGGACUGGGGAUCCUGGCGCGGUGGGACCCCGCGGGGAGAGGCCGUGUGUGUGGGGUCCAUGUCCCUGGCCCCGGCCGGCCGCGCGCGAGCUCCGGGAUGGCCCUGUCUUCAGGGCUGGCUCCUGACCAGCCAGGCCUGUUCUCAACACUCCUUGCAUUUUCGAGAAAACUGAGUGCCUUCUAGAUGGGCGCUGCCAGCAGUUACUGCUGGAUCCGAUGCACAAGCUCGGCAGGGUUGCUGAACCCUAUGUUGUCCCGAACCACUCGAUGGCUUCUGGGGGAUAGUCCCUUCUUUACCCACAAGUGCCUCUCUCUCGAGGUGCCUGGCAUCCCAUUCCAAUGAGCUACUCUGGGCUGUGCCCAGUUCGGCGGUUAGGGACACGGGCAGGUUUAUACUCACAAUGCUCCCACACCCCUAGCAGCCCCCAACUUUUACUAGAAAAGGGAGUUUAGUGGGGAAACUUCAUGGACAAAAUGCCACCCCAAAGUUAAAGCAAGCUAAGCAGAAUUGGCCUAGAGAAAAAAAUCUCUGAGGACAGAACUCAUCGGUCCAAUGUCUGACCAUGCAGAUGUGAGCCUCCCACCCCAAGACCGGGUGAGGAUUCUGUCGCAACUCGGUAGUGCAGUUGAGUUAAAUGAAGACAUUCCGCCCCGUCGCUACUUUCGUUCCGGUGUUGAGAUCAUCCGCAUGGCAUCCAUUUACUCUGAAGAAGGCAACAUUGAACAUGCCUUUAUCCUCUACAACAAGUACAUCACGCUGUUUAUUGAAAAACUUCCAAAACACCGAGACUACAAAUCGGCCAUCAUUCCCGAGAAGAAAGACGCGGUCAAGAAAUUAAAGAAUGUCGCUUUCCCUAAAGCGGAAGAGCUGAAGACAGAACUCUUGAAGAGAUACACCAAAGAGUAUGAGCAGUAUAAGGAGCGAAAGAAGAAGGAAGAAGAGGAACUUGCCCGAAAUAUCGCCAUCCAGCAAGAACUGGAAAAAGAAAAGCAGAGAGUUGCACAGCAGAAGCAGAAGCAGCUCGAGCAGGAGCAGUUCCAUGCCUUUGAGAAGAUGAUCCAGAAGCAGGAGCUAGAGAAAGAGCGGCUAAAAAUUGUUCAAGAGUUCGGGAAGGUAGACCCUGGCCCGUGCGGGCCUCUGCUCCCUGAUCUGGAAAAGCCCUGUGUAGAUGUGGCCCCCAGUUCACCUUUCUCGCCCACGCAGACUUCAGACUGUAACACAACCCUGAGGCCAGCUAAGCCACCUGUGGUGGACAGGUCCCUCAAACCUGGAGCAUUAAGCGUCAUAGAAAAUGUUCCCACCAUUGAAGGCCUGCGCCACAUUGUGGUGCCCCGCAAUCUGUGCUCAGAAUUUCUCCAGCUUGCCAGCGCCAACACUGCCAAAGGCAUCGAGACCUGUGGAGUCCUCUGUGGAAAACUGAUGAGAAAUGAAUUCACAAUCACACAUGUUCUCAUCCCCAGACAAAAUGGUGGGCCUGAUUAUUGCCACACAGAGAAUGAAGAAGAAAUUUUCUUUAUGCAGGAUGAUCUUGGACUCCUCACUCUUGGCUGGAUCCACACCCAUCCAACCCAAACGGCCUUUCUGUCCAGUGUGGAUCUGCACACGCACUGCUCCUACCAAAUGAUGUUACCAGAGUCCAUAGCAAUUGUCUGCUCCCCCAAGUUCCAGGAGACUGGAUUCUUUAAAUUAACUGACUAUGGCCUUCAAGAGAUUUCAACCUGCCGGCAGAAAGGCUUUCACCCCCAUGGCAGAGACCCACCGCUGUUCUGUGACUGCAGCCAUGUCACUGUCAAAGACAGAAUUGUGACGAUCACAGACCUUCGAUAAAUCUCAGUCAUGAACCAGGAGGUGGCCCACUGGGUAAACACACUUGCCACCAAGCCCAACAGCCCAAGUUCUAUUGCUGGGAUCCCCCCAAGUUGUCCUCUAACCUCCAUUUGUGUACUGUGGUAUGUGUGUACCCACAUAUACACACACAGACACAGACACACACACAUAUUAAUUAAUUUAAAACAAAUAAAUGUAAAUUACAAAAAGAA